CGGUUGUGGUCGGGCUCUAUCCAGUGUAUUCUGCGCACUUUAUUUCACUAGGUAUUCUGUAGAUAUGCUGGAUUUGGUGAUUCCUGUCAUCAGGGUGGAUGUUCCUGCAUGUGCUUAUCUUAUCCACUUGACCUUUUUCUCUCUGGCUGCAGCGGAUGCUGCAACAAAACUUCCCCGAACUCGGCCGUGGAUCGGAUGCAGACUUGUUUCAGACUAAAAUCUGUUCUAUCUACUGUUCCAAAUGACUGAUCGGAUCUGGUGCUGUUGUGGGGAUCCUGUGCAGCCAGUUGGCCUUUCUUCCCCUCUGGUGGAAUCUACACAUCAACUCUGUGGGCAGUGGACAGGUACCACUCUCUUCCCUUCCCACAGAUUUCAGUGGAGCAGUACACAGUCUUCCACAGAAAAUGAGAGAGAGGUACUUCCCCUUCCCUUGGGUCUGCGGGGUAUAGCCUGUCAGCUCAAUAAAAGUCAUGUCACUAAAUCUCAGUGUCUGGGUGGUCCCCAAACCAACUUUCUGACCUGUCGCCCGGCUGUCUGUUUGACUGGCUGUCAUAGCUGUGGUCUCAAGACUGGCUAGCCAUCAUGACUUGACAUUCACUGAACAUCUGGGGACUCAAUAUGUGUGUUACCUUCAC